AUGCAUCGAGCAACUAGUGAGCAGCGAGUUUUACCGUGUGAGCGAGCUGUCAAUCAGUAGCCGGCUAAGGAGAGGCCGGCAGUGAGAACACACACACACAGAGACAGGCACACAGAGAGAGGCAGAGAGAGGGAGAACCGCAAGCAUGGCUACAAUAACAUGUACCCGUUUCAGCGAAGAAUUCCAGAUGUACGAGGAAUUGGGAAAAGGCGCCUUCUCCAUCGUCAAACGCUGUGUGAAGACUCUGACAGGGCAGGAGUAUGCGGCGAAGAUCAUCAACACAAAGAAACUGUCGGCCAGGGAUCACCAGAAGCUGGAGAGAGAGGCUCGGAUAUGUCGCUCGCUCAAGCACCCCAACAUCGUGCGACUACAUGAUAGCAUAUCGGAGGAGGGACAUCACUACCUGAUCUUUGACCUAAUAACAGGCGGGGAGCUGUUUGAAGAUAUCGUGGCUCGGGAAUACUACAGCGAGGCUGAUGCCAGUCACUGCAUCCAACAGAUCUUGGAGGCUGUUCUGCAUUGUCAUCAGAUGGGAAUCGUACAUCGAGAUCUCAAGCCGGAGAACCUGCUUCUCGCCUCCAAGAACAAAGGAGCGGCGGUGAAAUUGGCCGACUUUGGCCUGGCCAUUGAAGUUGAAGGGGACCAACAGGCCUGGUUUGGCUUUGCCGGCACCCCUGGGUAUCUCUCCCCUGAGGUCUUGAGGAAGGAUCCCUACGCUAAACCUGUGGACCUGUGGGCUUGCGGAGUCAUCUUGUAUAUUCUCCUGGUUGGCUACCCUCCAUUCUGGGAUGAAGACCAACACAGACUCUACCAGCAGAUCAAAGCUGGAGCUUACGAUUUCCCGUCUCCGGAGUGGGACACAGUGACACCUGAGGCCAAAGAUCUCAUCAACAAGAUGUUAACGAUAAACCCUGCCAAACGCAUCUCGGCCACCGAGGCCCUUAAACACCCCUGGAUCUCGCACCGGGCCACGGUGGCUUCAUGCAUGCACCGGCAAGAGACUGUCGACUGCCUGAAGAAAUUCAAUGCCCGCAGGAAGCUUAAGGGUGCAAUACUAACCACAAUGUUAGCUACACGGAACUUCUCAGGAGGGAAGAACUCAGGUGGCAGGAAGGCCGAUGGUGUGAAGGAGUCGUCAGAGAGCACGAACACUACAAUCGAAGAUGAGGAUACGAAAGUCCGUAAGCAGGAGAUCAUCAAGGCCACUGAACAGCUGAUUGAAGCGAUCAGCAACGGAGAUUUCGAGGCCUACACGAAGAUGUGUGACCCUGGGGUGACUGCGUUCGAACCAGAGGCACUGGGGAACCUGGUGGAGGGCCUUGACUUCCAUCGAUUUUACUUUGAGAAUCGUUACAGUGUACAAAGUCGCUCCCAGGUACAAGGAGAGAGUACUAUCUGGUGCAAGAACAACAAGCCGAUCCACACCACCAUCCUCAACCCUCACAUCCAUCUGAUUGGGGAGGAGGCGGCGUGCAUCGCCUACAUCCGUAUCACCCAGUACAUCGACAGUAACGGAGUGCCCCGCACCGCCCAGUCCGAAGAGACGAGGAUCUGGCAUCGUCGUGAUGGCAAGUGGCAGAUUGUCCACUUCCAUCGAUCGGGAGCCUCGUCUGCCCUGGCCUACUGAAGUCUCUCCAGCCCCAUCUCCUACUGCUAUCCAUGAUUGACUUGCACGCUAGCAAGAUCACCCCCCUGUCAACUCCCCACUGGGGCCUGCCUCCCCUGGAGGUGAGGUAGGCAGCUUGGUGGAACCACAGUUAGAUCGGACGAACGCUCCCCCCCCCCCCUCCCCUCUCACAACCCCAGCACAGAGAGAGCAUUGAGUCUCAUCACACGUCAUCCUUCUUUUGUACCCCCUGAAAGGCAAUAUCCGUCGUCAUGGCAUGUUUACAGUGAUAUCUAUAACUCCAAUCGGUUUACAGUGUAGGUGUAUUUUUAAAUCGUGAUAAUCAGUGAUGACUUUUCGACUUGGCCGAGAUGCAUGUUUUUAAUCUUUAACGCUAGAUGCAAAAAUUAAUCCGAGCAUUUGCAAUUAGAACAUGGACUUUGGGAGGGAGAUUUAACAUUUUGUGCAGCUCAGUCGCAGCGGAUGUUAUUGAGAGAAUCCAUCUCAGGUUAUGGGAUAGGAGAUACUUCACCUCAACAAGGCUGGGUAAGUUAGUCACACGGUGGUAAAUGUAUCUAACUGUGAGUGUUUCAGAAAAGAUUUCCCGGGAUAGGACCUUUGCGAUCCUACUCUGAAUCCUCACCUGUGACUGAAACAGUUCGAAGCACUUUCUUCAAGAUGAGUCUGGCGGUCCAUGAUAUCAGAAGGGAAACAGGUUCCAGGUUCUGGAGAUGGAGAGGCUGCUGGCUGGUGGAGAGUUAAUCCCGACGCCUCGUUUCAUCCAUGGAGACCGAUGAUUUUCAAACUCAGUUUGUACAUUUGCAAAUUGUGCAUCUUCCAAGUGAGCUUCCUCCAACCAUUGUGAUGUUGAUUUUCUGAGACUUGGGCACCUCUCCCCUCUGAGAACCAGGGCUGAAGAUGUCCUCUUUCCUUCUCCAGGGAGGGGUGUCCAUCCUUGAGGGAGGUCCUGGCCACCUCAUGGUCUGUGGGCCCUGCCUAUAAUGGGACUUAUUUUCAUCUGUCAGUUCAAUGUGAUGGAGAACCGGCAAGGAAUUGGACAAGUUUAAAACUUGUGUACUGCUGGAGUUGGCAUCCAAAAGUCACGAGGCUUUCUAAAGUCAGCAACAGAUCUGGCUAAUUGACCUUCAUCAGGUCAUACAGCGUGGAAACAGUGCCUUCGGACCAACUUGCCCACGUCGAACAACACGCCCCAUACACAUACACUAGACCCACAUGCCUGCGAUUGCCUCAUAUCCCUCCAAACCUAUUCUAUCCAUGUCCCUGUCUCAGUGCUCCUGUUUCUUCCCACGUUCCAAAGACGUGCGGGUUUGUAGUUUAAUUGGCCCUCUGUCCAAUUGCCCAGAGCGUGUAAGGAGUGGAUGCGAUAACAUAGAACGGGUGAUCGAUGGUCGUCAUGAACUCCGUUGGCCGAAGGGCCUGUUUCCAUGCAAUAUCUUUCAAUCAAAACCUUCCCUUCCUCAAACUCCCAUGGUUGCUCACGAUCAUUGAACAAAAGGGUGGCCAUUCGGCCCAUCAUGUUUCUUGGUCCUGUUCCUCCGAACCCUGCCACUUUCUUCCCUUCCAUGUUAUGCCCCUGUCCCACUUAGGAAACCUGAACGGAAACCUCUGGAGACUUUGCGCCCCACCCAAGGUUUCCGUGCGGUUCCCGGAGGUUCCUGGAGGUUUUUGUCAGUCUCCCUACCUGCUUCCACUACCUGCAACCUCCGGCAACCACCUGCAACCUCCGGGAACCGCACGGAAACCUUGGGUGGGGCACAUAGUCUCCAGAGAUUUCCGUUCAGGUUUCCUAAGUGGGACAGGUGCAUCCCCCUGUCGCCUUCCAAAACCUCCUGUUGAAACUGCUCCCACCAUCCUUUCAAGUCCACCUGUCCCUAAUCAGAGCAGGUUGCUGCACACAGAUGUUGUGCUCCUUUCCCUCCUUCCUGGAAGUUUAUAUUUAAUCACCACACUACACUCUUCCCAACAUUAUCUAUCACCUUCCUGUAGUGUGAUGAUCAGAACUGUACACAAUACUUUCAAGCAAGGUUUUGUACAGUUACCAUUCCUGCAUUAACCUUUGUGCUAUGUCACCAAUUAACCAUUUCGGCAUGUGGAAAGAAACUGGAGCAUCUAGAGGAACCCAUGCAAUCAUGGACCAUCGGCAGUCACUGUGGCGCUGCGGUAGGGUCAACAUGGGUUUGAUCCUGAGCUCAGGUGCUGUCUGUAUAGAGUUUGAACGUUCUCACUGUGACCACCUGUGUUUUCUUCGGGUGAUAUGGUUUCUUCUUACAUUUCAAAGACGUACGGGUUUGUAUUGUCAGUAAAGAUUGUACAUUGUCCCUAAUGUGUAGGAUAGUGCUAGUGUAUGGUGUGAUUACUGGUCGGCGCAGACUCGGUGGCCGAAGAGACUGUUUCCACAGUGUAUCUCUAAACUAUCUCAAAACUAAAUUAAACCAUGAUGCUGGUCCUCUGUGAUAGAGGGGACAUCGUCUCAGGUCUUUGUUUGUCAGAGUGAGGAUUUCUCCAUUCCCACCGUAGAACAUUCAGAUGUUUAGCUUGGACAUCCACCAAUCCAGGUCGCCUUCCAGUAAACCUCCUCUGCACCCUCUCCAAAGCCUUCAUAUCCUUCCUGUAAUAGGGCGACCAGAUCUGCAUGCAAUACUUCAAAUGCAGCCCAGACAUAUGGAUGGGAGGAAUUACACCAGUAGUUGGCUCUGCACAGCGAGUGGCCUCUGGUUGUCUACUGACCCUGUAGCAAGGCUCCAUAUACAAUGAGAUGGGACCCACUGUUCUAUACGGGGUCUUUGCAGGGUAGAGGCCAUCAUGGUUUUAGCUCAUCAUAGUGGUAUUGUUGGCAGCCAUCCUGUGGCCCUUAGCAACCAAUCCAAAGGCCCUUAGCAACCAGCCCAUUGACCAUUCACCCUUAGUAACCAUGGCAUGACCCUUAGCAACCAGCCGCAUGGCACCUGCAGCCAGGCCAUUGAUUCCAACCAACUAUGCCAUGGCUCUUAGCAACCAGAUCAUUGGCUCUUAGCAACCAUCCCAUGGGCCUUAGCAACCAGUUCAUUGACCCUUAGCAACCAGUCUCAUAGUCCUCAGCAAUUAGCCCACUAACCCUUAGCAACCAUCCCAUAGCAUCUAGUAACCAGUCAUAUAACCCAUAGCAACUAAAUCAUUGACCCUUAGUAACCUUCCAUGGCCCUUGGCGAUCAUCCCACAGCAACCAGUCCCAUAUACCUGAAUGGUCCUUAGCAACUAGUCCCAUAGCUUUAACAACCAAUCCAAUGGCUCUUAGCGACCAUCCCAUGGUCCUUAGCAACAUCCCAAAGCCCUUAGCAACCAUCCCACAGCCUUUAUCAACCAGUCCCAUUGCCCUUAGCAACUGACCUGUGGCCCUUAAUAAUGCGUCCCAUUGACCUCAACGCCCUGUCCCAUUGAAGCCAGACUGCCCCUUGACCCACUGCCUGACCUGCCAGCCGUCCUGUGCCAAACAAGCUCAUAACCCCUCUGGACGUCACUGUAAGAAUCAGUGACAUUCAAAAGCCUUCCCAAACGUGCCCCUUCUACUACUGACCUGCAAUGCCAUGCAGCCCCUUGAGCCCGUUGUACAGGAGCGCUUAGAGGUCAUUGGGCCCAAGUCUGCCAGAGAACGAAGAGAAGGCCAACCAGUCUCUGGAACAUCGCCCAGUAUUCCUUCAGGAACGUUGAGUCUUGGUGAGGGAGAGGUACAGAUGGGUCAAUCGCUCUACUUUUUAACUACUUCUGGAGAAGGCGUCUCCGUCCCUUCCCACUAUUGCUUGCUUCUACUCGAGAAACGGACUGAACUCGAGGAUCACGCACUGUUUUUUUGGUGUCUGUGUUUGCGCGCCCAGCCUGUGCCCUGGACCCGUGUGCAUGGGCAGACAGUUGCUUCCGUGCCUCCGUAUCGUAUCGGUGCCUCCAACACCUCCCCGAGAAACUUUAUCGUGAACUACUUUGUGACACUGAAGAAGUUUAAUUGAUCGCGCAAAGCUUGCGUCCUUGGAGUCUGGUACAACUCAAACGUAAGGUGGUUGUGGAUAUGUUUGUUGGUGUAUCGCAAAUAAAAAGAUUUUAUCAGUUUGUCUUGCACAAA